UCUCAAAGACGUUUCCGUGUAUCUUGUAAACAAGUGCAGAGCCACGUGACAGACUGAAAGCAGGUUACCUUCACACAGUCGAGCAUUUUCUAUUAAAACAAACUCAACACUAAUCUUUUUGUCGCUGCAUCGAUUUCUGAUGCAUGUUAACAUUAGAAACAGACUAAGAUUAAAAUAAAUAUCGCAACCAUCUUUUUUCUCAUAUCAUGACUCCUGGGGGGAAAGUCUUGCAGUAUGAGACGUUUAUCAAUGAAGUAUUGCAACGAGACUUACAGAAAGUAUUGGAGCAAAGAGAUGCCAUUUAUGAGAAAAUAGCACAAUACCUUCAGCUGAAGAACACAAUUAAAAGUAUUCAGGAAACUGACAGCAAGGAACUCAAAACUGACAUUGACCUUGGCUGCAAUUUCUAUGUGCAGGCUCACGUACCUGAUGCAUCGAAAAUAUAUGUGGCAGUUGGAUAUGGAUUCUUUGUCGAAUUCACACAUGCAGAGGCUUUAAAGUUCAUAGAAAAGAAGACUAAUCAGCUAACAGAGCAUACUGAGGUCCUUACCAAAGAUGCAGCAAAGAUAAAGGCCAACAUCCGCAUGGUUUUGGAGGGUUUGAGGGAAUUGCAAGGUCUGAAAGAUCUUCCAGAGGACAGAAGGAGAGAGGUGUUUUAGUACAGUACACCAAUCACAGCACAUUGUAUUAAAUUUGCACAUAUGACUGUAAUGUUUGUUUCAAAAAGUGUGAACUUUAUGGCAGCCAGGUUCAGAGGAACAUUGCCUUUUAACAGGUUAUACUGUUGUUUUGAAAAGUUUGCUGAAUAAAUACAUUUUCGGUACAA